GCAGCCACGGGAGGGGACUCCGGCUCGCACAGCCGCCACCUGGCUCAGCAGCGGGGACGGCAGCCGGCCACCUCUGCUCGCCUCGCCCCGCCACAUCGGAGCCUUCAGCAGGGCUCGGGAGAUUUCACAGCCAACUCGCAGAGGCCUGAAAGCGCUGGGGAUGAAGCUGGGGGUCGCCUGCCUCCUGUGGCUGCUGCUCGUCUGCCUGACCCUGCCCGCCACCCACGGCCGCGUCCUGGAGCGCUCCAUGGAAAUCAGGAGUAAGGAGAACAUGAACCCGGACAUCGACCCCUCGUGGUACACGGGCCGCGGCAUCCGGCCCGUGGGGCGCUUCGGGAGGCGACAAGCGCUGGGCGGGGGCGGCCGGCCCGGGCAGCGGGGCUGCGCAGCGCCCCGGCCGGAGCCGAACCCCUGAGCUGGAGCUGCCAAUAAAAUCCCUUCUCCUCUCAGCCCUGUGUCCCGGCCUCUCUGUUCCACGCCGCAGCGCGGGGGGAGCGACCCCAAAUCUGCGUGGCCGCCACGGGUUUGUGCCUGGCCUGGCGGUGCGACAG